AUGGCGGCCUUCCCGGGCGGCGGCGUGUGGUGGGCGCGCUCUGCGGGCGGCUCGGCGGCCUCGGGCCGGGACUGGGCCUGGGCGUGGGAGCAGGGGCUGCCCGGGCUGCAGAUCCGCUCGCGCUCGGUGGAGCAGACGCUGGUGCCGCUCGUGGCGCAGAUAACCACUCUCAUCAACCAUAAGGACAAACCAAAGCGGUCAGACAAGACUCUGAAAGCGAUCCAGCAAGUGGGCCAAGCUGUAAACCUGGCGGUUGGGAGAUUUGUUACAGUGGGCGAAGCAAUUGCAAAUGAAAACCAAGAGCUGAAAGAGGAAAUGAAUGUUGCCUGCAUUGACGCAAAGCGAGCAGGGGAGACGAUCGCUCAGCUAACGGACGUAGCGGCCUUGGAUCAUCCAGAAUCCGAUGGCCAGAUCACCAUUUUUACGGACAAAACUGGAGUGGUAAAAGCUGCCCGAUUGCUGCUUUCUUCGGUGACUAAAGUAUUGGUGCUGGCUGACCGAAUAGUGAUUAAGCAGAUUAUAACUUCUAGGAACAAGGUACUUUUAACAAUGGAACAGCUAGAGAAAGUGAGUACUUUUCAGGAAUUUGUGCAGAUAUUCAGCCAGUUCGGAAAUGAAAUGGUGGAAUUUGCCCAUUUAACUGGAGAGCGACAGAAUGAUCUAAAGGAUGAAAAGAAAAAGGCUAAAAUGGCAGCUGCUCGUGCUAUUCUCGAGAAAUGCACCAUGAUGCUUCUCACGGCGUCCAAGACCUGUCUAAGGCACCCUGACUGUGAGUCCGCCCGCAUAAACAAAGGAGCAGUGUUUCACAGAAUGCGACUCGCCUUGGAGCAAGUCAUAGAGAUUGUAACAGACUCCUGUCCCAGUGGAGAGCAUGAGCCGGGGCCAGUGAGCAUCUAUGCUGGCAUCAAGGAGUUCAAGAAUAAAGUGGAAGGCCUGCGGGACAACCUUUCCCUCCUGUCGAAAGAGAGCCUCCGGGCCAUGCUGCGCGUCGUCCUCGAGCACCUGGAGGAUUUCACGGACUCUGCCUACACCAGCCAUGAGAACAGAGAACACAUCCUGGAGCUGUCCCAGCAAGCCAAGAUGGAACUGGAGCAACUGCUGGCAGCGUGGAUGCAGGCUCAAAGUCAGAAGAAGAAGGACAUCACAGAGGACAUGGAAGUGGCCCUGUUAAAAAUGUGCCAGUGCAUGAAUGAGCUUCAGAGAGAACUCCACAGUGCGGCCACGUCUGUUGCUGCUGACCUGCUGAAAUAUCAUUCGGAUCACUUGGUCUUGAAAGCGUUGAAAGCCUCUGGAGAGGAAGGAAACAUCGACGCCGUUGCAGAACACAGCUGCAAGCUUGCUGAGCAGAAAGAGCAGUUGCUUGAAAUAUGUCGUUUACUGAGGCAUGUUUCUGGGACGGAGCCACUUGGAAUCACUUGCCAACACGCAGAGGACACGUUCAAAGUGACUGGGCCUCAGAUCAUCUCUGCUGCAGAAACCCUGACACUCCAUCCUUCCAGCAAGAUUGCCAAAGAGAACCUGGAGGUCUUCUGUGAGGCCUGGGAAUCCCAGCUGAGCGACAUGUUCCUGUUGUUAAGAGAAGUCAGUGAUGUGUUUGAAGGAAGACGAGGAGAGAAGCGUGCAUACCUGUCUCUGCCCAGGCCAGGGAAGCAUAAUGCAAAUUUGAAGGCCUUAAAGCCAGCCCAGCUUGAUUGUGAGGAACAAGCAAAACUUGGGCAAUUAGGCCUCACCCUGUGUGAGUUGAGUUCACGCGUUGACUCUGAGAUGGAGAAAUGGGAUGACCCAGAAAGUGAGAUUGUGCGGCACGGACAAUGCUUAUCCAGCAUGGCCUCUUCCAUGUAUUUAUUUACAAGGGGGGAAGGGCUUCUGAAAACUACCCAGGAUUUAUUUCAACAAGCAGAGGCCUUUGCUGCCGAAGGAUUAAAGCUCGUUUCAGCCCUCCUUGCAUUUUCUAAUCAGUUAGAGGACAAUGACAAACCAUUGCUUCUGCAGGAGAUCGAAAAGAUGGUCCCUGCAUAUCGGCAGCUUCAGGUAACCACUAAAGCCCACGUUCAGGGUAAAUCAGCAAUUUUUACAAAGGUGGAGACCUGUAUUCAAGAAGCCAACCACAUUCUGAAUAUACUGGUCCAAGUACUGCCACUAAGCUGCAAGCUGUUGAGAAAACACAGAGCAGGAAAUGGCUACCUUAGAGGGCGCCAUCUGUGGAGAGAAAACGGCUUCCACGUCACCAAGAAAGAGUGCAGCAGCCCAGAAGGGAGCACCGACUCGCUUGAAAUCAAGUCCUUGAAACAACAUGUAGCAAAACUCACAUUUUUGGAGAACAAACAUUUCUAAGGCCGUUAUUUGGAAUCAAAGAGAUUUCCAUAUGGAAGUUGCAUGCUAAGCCCCUCCUAAUUGCUUUCUUUUGAGAAAGGUGAAUCCAGGUUAGAAACAAGCUCCUGUAACCUUUUCACAUCUGAUAGAUGUCAUGGUACUUGGCAGUUAACAAAAGCAAGUCAGCUUUUAAUGGCUGCAUAUUUUUGUAAUAUGAAUAUAUUUCUUCACUUAUUAAUACUGCUAUUUUUAUAAUCUU